GGACGUAGCAGAAGAAGAGUAACCCGGUGGCUUGUGUCUCAUAUCCCCUGUAAACAAACUCAGUAGCGUCUGUUUAACGUUUAACAGAAAAAUUCCGGCUUUCCUUCGCAGCUUUAAAGCCGCCUAACCGCGGCCUUGCUGUGUGCUAAACGGCGGGCGGAAGGAGCGAUGGAGGAGCUGCAGCUCGGUUGGACGGCUUCGCGGAGAGUCCGCUGACAGAGCUGCACCAUGAUCCCUGUGUCCCUGCUGGUGUUCGUGAUGGCAGGCUGGUGUGCCGUCUACCUGGCCGACACACUGCUCAGGGUGAGAUGUCAUCUGUCACACACCGGAUCCGCUACGAGUCGUGGCUCGCCAGUCGAGGGCUGAUGUUGUCUCCUUUCCAUGUGAGAUGGCAGACCACCAUGUUCAACCGGCUGUUUGCUUACUGUGCCCGCAUCAACCCUCGAGCCCUCUACCUGUGGUUCAACAGUGGUCUUGUGUUUGGGAUCGCUGCCAUGGUGGGAUCAGUGGUGCUGCUGGUAAAGACGCUGCAGCAGACGUAUGCUCAGAUGACCACCGACAACCCUCGGAUAGGGGGUCAGCAGAGUCUGCAGGUGGUGGUCCCGGGUGUGAACCUGCCCACCAGUCAGCUGGCCUACUUUUUCAUCGCUCUGCUGCUCAGCGGAGUCAUUCAUGAGCUGGGGCACGCUGUGGCAGCACUCAGGGAGUCUGUGAGAGUGAACGGGUUUGGCGUGUUUGUCUUCGUCAUGUAUCCCGGUGCUUUCGUGGACCUCUUCACCACGCACCUCAGCCUCAUAUCUCCUGCUCAGCAGCUCCGAAUCUUCUGUGCAGGAGUUUGGCACAACUUUGUUCUGUGUGUGGCAGCGCUCGGCCUCCUCUUCCUGCUGCCGGUCCUCCUGUUCCCCGCGUACACCACCGGAGGCGGAGCUCUGGUUACCGAGGUUGUUCAGGGCUCUGCAGCUGACGGACCCAGGGGUCUGUCAGUCGGGGACAUCGUGACGGGGCUGGAGGACUGUCCUGUUCGGGGAGUGGAGGACUGGACCAGCUGCCUGUCUCACCUCACCCACACACCACAGACAGGAUACUGCGUCCCGGUCACCAGCCUGCAGCCCAGCUGGGCUCACGGCAGACCGUUCAAGCGUCUGGAUGGAACGAUGGACUGCUGCAGCAACAACAGCCUGACAGACCUCUGCUUCUCCUACAUCAAACCACAGGGCAGGAACAGCAGGGAGAGAGAGUUUGCCUGUAUGCCGGUGAGGAAGAUGGUGACGGGCACGGCGACGUGUCGCUCCGACGCCGACUGCGCCACGCACACCGCCGCCGCCAGCGUGUGCGUCACCCCGUCCCUGGAGAACCAGACCCGCUUCAUCCGCGUCACGCAUCUUCCCAGCCCAAACAUGCUCUUUGUGGGCUACCCGCCACACCUGCAGUACGCUGUGGGUCUGACCAACUUCGUGCCCCGCUUUGGGUUUCUCCACCGGGACCUGCCCAUCUUCUUGGAGACCUUCCUAAAAUACGUGGUGUCCCUCUCCGGCGCCUUAGCCGUGGUCAACUCCGUGCCCUGCUUCGCCCUGGAUGGCCAAUGGAUGCUCAACGCCCUGCUGGAGGCCACGCUGGUCGCCGUGGUAACGGACCGCCAGAAGCGCGAGCUGAUCGGCUUCUUCCUCCUGCUGGCGGGCAGCGCCCUGCUGGCAGCCAAUGUGGCGCUCGGCCUGUGGAUGGUGACGGCGCGGUAGCGGCAGAAACCAGAGGAAUGUAAUGGUAGGACGUCCGGCGUCUCACUGAAGACCAGUAAACUGUGAACCUGCAGGAACCAGGCUGCAACACCAAAGCAGCGCUGCUACUUUGUGCCGACUGUUUCUUUUUUUGUUUUUUCCUCAGCCUUUUAUCUGCUACAACCAAUGAGGACAGUUUCUCCUGCCUCGCUGCCGCCAUAUGUACGAAAGCACACACAACAUGAAGAAUGCACUUCCUGUAACGUACUGUUCCAAGUGGCCGUUUACAAAAACAUAUUUGUUUUAAAAAUUUCAAAUGUGUGAGGUGUUUGAAUUUGGAUAAAAACCGAAGAAUAAUGUUGUUCUAUAAUGUUUUAAGAGCUUCUGUUUCAGUGAAUGCAUGGCAGUAUCAUGGUCUACAAUAUCACUGGUGGAGAAAUUGCACUACCUAUUAUUAUUAUUAUUAUUAUUAUUAGAAUCCCUAUGAAAACAUUUGGGUACUACAAUUAUCUGAGUGGACCUGUGUCUACCUCAGGAUGUAAACCAGAGGACUGUACAGAUUUAUUGGGUCGAAUCAAGUGUCUUUAUCUCCUUCAGGCAUUAAUGCAGGAAAAAAAGCCUUCUGUGUUCACUGUGUUCUGACCUUUCCUGAAGUUUCCUUCUGACCUCUCACUGUUUGCAGUCUGGUUGUAAAAGUUCAUUGUGUCAAAAAUGUGGAGUAAAACAUUUAUUAUUUUUUUUUUUUA